AUGAAUGGUCAAACAGAGCGUUGCGACCGUACUGCCUACGUCUCGGGCCUGCAGUCGACGGUCUCCGAUAUUGAGCUCUUCGAGGUGUUCAAUCGUGUCGCCCAUGUCGAGAAGGUCAUCGUGAGAAGUGGAACCGUUAGACAUGCACUUGUCGUCUUCAAAACUGUAGAAGGCCUGUACCAAGUGCUCAACAACUUCCAAGGAACAAGCCUCCACGGUCGUCAACUUCACAUUCGGCCGCUUCGUGAAAGUUCUCACAGUGGGAACGGCGGCGGUGGUCGAGUCCAGAAGCCCUACCGCCCGUCCGCAGAUCAGAAUUCCACGUAUACAUAUCGCCAGCAGCCAGCGAGCUAUCAGCAGAAUCCACGUGGCUUCAGGAAUUCGUCGGGAAGCACGUCGUCAUUCAACGGAGCGGGAGGAGCGAAUGGAAGACGUCGGAAUCAGGGAUACGUCCAGAAUGGGCGUGGAGGAUUCCAGAACGAGACGUACUCUGGAGCGAUGAGCACACUUUUUGACGCGUAUCCACAGUACGGAGGAUUCCAUCAGCAGCAGAGUUAUCAUCAUCAGCCGGCAGCUCAUCACCAUCAGACGCAGCACGAUUUUCAUUUUGAGAAUCAUGCCGAGGGAGCGAAAAGAUUCGACAACCUGGCCAACCUGCUCCGCGCCACAACCCCAAUCGAUCCGUUUGGCACUAAUUCCAAGAGCACGGAAAAGAGCCAAGCCACGUCGCCAACCGGCUCAAGAUCACGCGCAUCGUCGGCAAAGGAGCACAAGCAGGCACCGCCGGCAUGGAAGAUGGAGUUGCGCCUGGCGGAUUCGCAGAAUCUCCCGCCACCAUCACCGACGACGACGCCAAAAGCGCUCUCGAUGACUCAACACGAGUUUUUGGCUCAAAUUGCGAGACAGGCGGCUCAGGAGCAACAGGAGAAUGUGAUGCUCGUUGGAGGAGAGGAGGGAAAGAAGAGACAACGUCCGAAUCUCUCGGUGAUCAACCCGUCGUUGUUCUAUGAGCAAUAUCCACGUACAUCGUCGCCAGUCGUGUUUGCGCCCAACUCGACUCCAAACGCCGAUAAAAACCCAUCACCACACGAUCCAGCGGUGGUUGCCUACAGUCGUCUCCGCAUCCCGCCUCAAUCCGCCUUCGAUCAUCUCUCUCCAAUCGACACCAACAAUUGCUCAUUCAUAACAAAGCAUCUGGGUCCGAACGAUCAUCAAAAGCGAGAUUUGACGAAUGAGGAGCUCUCCGAUAUGAUUGUCUCCACCGGGAAUCUUCGUAUGAACCCGAUGAUUCAGGACGCCACUUCUUUCGAAGCUCCGCCCCCAAUCCACGACGAGACACCAGCUCCAUGGUCUCCGUUGAAACGUGUUCGUGCUGAAAGUGGAUCUCUGUCGGCUGCUCCGCUAGCGUCUCCUCAAUUCUCGCCAAUCAAACCGAAAUGCGAGGAAUUCGACACUGCUGACGAUGACGUGUUCGAAAGAUCCAGUAUGGAUCCGCAGAAGUCGGAAAAUGCCGAAAAUAAGAUGGAGAAGAUGGAUGGAAGCAGCAGCAGCAGAAGAUGUCCGACUUCGAGGACAUCAACAACAGCCGUCUGCCGUCGAAUUCGCAUUCCGCAGCGCCGAGUUCGGAUCAGAAGAGUUUCGUGUUCCCGCCGAUUUUUAGAGGCCAAAAAAAACCAAAAAAAUCAAGAAAUUUCAGUUAAAACUUGGGAAUACCCAAUGUGCCGUCACUCGUCAGUCCCAUCGAUUGCUCAUCUCGUCGGCGAUCUCUCGGAUUUCUGUCCACUGUCUCCGCACUUGACCGAAAAGCUGGCCAUCGAAGAAGACGUUGAGAAUCCAGAAGACGUCGACAAGACUUCAGAAGACAAAUCAUCGUCUUCAAAGGCUGACGACGUCGCUGUCGCUUCAGGGAUUCAGAAGUCCGACGUCAUCGUCUAA